AGUCUAAGCACACUGCUUGAGUCUGUGUGUCAUAAUGAGCCAGAUCACUAACAGCAGUAAAAUGGCCAGAGUUUGUCUGCUGGUUUUCAUUGUUGGUCUUCAACUGGGGAUUCCUGGAGCGAGUGCUGAGAUCACAGAAGACAACACAGAAACCGUGUUUAUCUCUCAGCAGAAGGCACAUGUGGUGCUGAAACGACAGCGGAGAUUCAACAGUGGGCGUCUCGAGGAAGUGCUACAGAAAGCCAACCUGGAGCGAGAAUGUAGAGAGGAGCAAUGCACCAUGGAGGAGGCCAGGGAGUGGUUCGAGGAUAAUGAAAAAACUAUGCAAUUCUGGUCCCUCUACACUGAUGGUGACCAGUGUGAGUCAAAGCCCUGUCAGAAUGGAGGAGUUUGUGAGGAUGAAUUAAGCUCCUAUAAAUGCUGGUGCAAAAAAGGCUUUAUUGGUAAAAACUGUGAGAUUGAAACGGCCAAACAGUGUUCGAUCAACAAUGGUGGAUGUGCACAUUUCUGCAAAAUGGAAGGACGCCAACGUGUGUGUCACUGUGCAGCUGGUUACAAAGUUGGGACAGAUAGAAAAAGCUGUGAACCGACAGGGCCGUUCAGUUGUGGUAUCGUAAGCCUGUCCUCUGGCCUGGUUGCCAGAUCUUUCAGGUGGACACAAUCCUCCAACUCAACUAACUCCACCAGACAGGAUUACGACUAUGAUUACACUGAAGAAAUUGAGGAUUACCUCAACUCUCCAAUGAACGAAUCAAAACUGUUCAACAACUCAGCAGAUUCUGUAUUAAAUGUCAGAUCAGUUGGGUUGGAUUCAAGUUCCUCCUUAAAUCAAGCCGAGACUAUCAACUCUACAGCAGAGCUAGAUGACAGCAAAAGUCCCAGGCAAAAGCGUUCCUGGGAUUUGCCUGUGCUCCCCACCAUCGUAGCCCAAAAGAACGUGGACGAGAGGAUUGUUGGAGGAAAUGAAGCCACACCUGGCGAGAUACCUUGGCAGGUGGGCCUGAUGGCUUUUUCACCCAAGCGAAACAAAACGCUGCCUAUCUGUGGAGGCUCUCUGCUAAGUGAAUUUUGGGUAAUCACUGCAGCCCACUGCCUGGAGGUGGCCAAACAUAAAGAAUACGCUAUCUUCGUAAGACUUGGUGAACAUGAUGUGAAUGUGGUCGAGGCUUCAGAGAGCAACCAUGAAGUGGCGGAGGAGCACAUCCACCCCCGCUACAACUCGAAUCACUCGCAGUUUAAUCACGAUAUCGCCCUGCUGAAGCUCGCCACUCCCGUGGAACUGUCCAAUGAGAGACGUCCCAUAUGCGUGGGCCCAAGCGCCUUCAUACAGGACCUCCUGAAAGACUCCAGUAGCUCUGUGGUGAGUGGCUGGGGACGGAUAAGGGACAAAGGUCUUGAAGCUGACAAGCUUCAGAAGUUAUCGGCUCCUCUUGCGGACCGAACCCUGUGCAAACAGAGUAGCCGGGACCACAUCACCCGGUUCAUGUUCUGUGCCGGCUUUGCAGACGGACUGAGCGAUUCGUGCCAGGGAGACAGCGGCGGCCCGCAUGCCACCAACUACAAAGGAACUUGGUUUCUCACCGGCAUCGUCAGCUGGGGGGAGGGUUGUGCCGAGAAAGGAAAAUACGGCAUCUACACCCGUGUUUCACGAUACUACUCCUGGAUUGUUCAGACAACAGGGAUCUUACAGUCCAACUAAAAUAUGUAGUUCAGCAAAUUCAGGAUUUCUUUUGACGGUUCCAAGCUGUUGAUAUCUUACCUAAAGGAAAUACUCUUCGUUCCUUUAUUUGGACAAAACAGAUUAGUUAGUCCAACUGCUAGUCUGAGAAGGACGAACAAUAGAGAGGACGUCCACUCUGACAUCAAACAUGUUUUUAUUUUUCCAUAAAUAAAUUAUAAUAAUUAUAACGUGUUGCUUGUGAAAAACGGAGCUCUGUAGAAUCAUACUUUACAACAUGCUGUGGUGGAAGAAUGAAACGCCCUUCUUGAUAUUUUUCUGAACAUUUCCACCACUAGAUUGGGAACAAAACCUCUUCCAUGAAUCUACAAUAAAUGUGCAUGCAAAAUUUAGCCCUGUCUUGUAGCAUUUGUAUAGAUUUAACUCUACUGUGAUUUUUCUUCUAAAACGUAUAUUUAUAACUGGUUAUAUUUGUUUUUCUUUAUUUCACAACUUCCCUUUUAUCAACAAGCAACACAUCAGAUGUUCUCAACAUUUCUUCGACAAGAAAACAGUUUCUUUGUGUCUGCAUUGGCCUGAGGCUCACCAUGAAGAAACUGAUCCCAUCAAGCUUUUCUGCUUUACAAUGCUGUCUUCCCAGCUAAAUAAUUAUUUCAUAUGUGAGAAAAACAGGGGUCUUGUAAGUAAGUAGUGUAUUCUGUAUAUCAGUGAUGAUGAAAAUAGGAAACAGUUUUCUUAAUUGGAUCAAAGCAGGAUGAUCACAGGAAACUAAAAAUUAGUGAGGUGCAGAUGAAGACAUGAAAAGUAAACAGUAGGAAUAAGGUUUUAAAGAUAAGACUAGAAAUGAGCUUAACUAUAAAUCAAAACAUAGCAAUCCAAAAAUCAUGUGAUGGAGUCAAAAAAUAAAACUAAGCAUUGACUUAAAUAAUCUAUUUUUUAAGAUUGUAGCUGUGGUUGAUUCAUUAGGCACAUUGUGGCCCCAGACCUAGCAGCUCUGACAACAAACCAGUACAUCUCAAUAAAGGAAUUAACAAUUCAUCACAGGCAACAGACUAAGAAUUAAUCUAAGUACACGUCAAAAGAACGCUGAGAUUAUAUUUUAUUAGGCAAUAAGAAAUUAAAACAUCUUUGUGUGAUUUUAUGAAGUUCAGUUUUUCUGCAAAGACCCACAACAUCAGAAGAGGAGUUGAAAUAAACCCCUUAGACACAUCAAUCAGACAGAAUCAAAUGAAAUAACCAUGUGCUUACAUUUCAGAAAACAGUUACAGGCAUUAUGCAUUAUAAUACAAGCUUGUUCAAUGUUUCAAAGGAUAGAAAAAAAGUGCAAAGUGAGCAAAUGCAGCAAACAAGUUCAAGUUCAAGAAGCCUGUCAGAACAAAACCGUUUCUAAUGUCUGAGUUGGUUUGAAAAAUCUCACAAAGCUGUAGCUACAGUCCUGUAGGUGUUAAAUACAGUGAGAUUAAAUCUAGUUUCACUGGUGAAGUUAAUCUUGAAUUUGGUAUUACUGGAAGGGUUACUUUAUUUUUAGGAUAUCACUAAUAGUGUGUAUUUUUAGCCUAUCUGUUUAAGUCAGUUGAUAGUUUUUGACUGCCUAAGUUAUCUAUUUAGAUACAUUUUACAUACUAAACUAAUAAUAAUCUUUGUAUUUACAUAUUCAUAUUUGAAUUUCGCUGUCUCAAAAAGUGUCAUGUUAUUAUAAGUGGCAGUGUUUUAGUGCCACUUCUUACACUUAUUCUGUGAAAAACCAUUAGUUAGACAAGAUCCGUGAUAAUAUGGAAAAAUCAGUCGUGGCAGUUUUUACAGAGGCAGUAAACCGUCUGUCUGUUUCUUCAUCAUUUCAACUCUCAUUAAUCUUUGGUCACCUCUUUUUUUUUUUUUUUUUUUUUACAAUUAUAGCCAACACUAACCACAGUUCUGUGUGUGUAAAACAGCAGAGGAGGCAAAAAUAAAGCUAAAGGUAAGUGCAAAUCUAUAGAGAGGUAUUUGUCCACACAGCACUGUGCUUGAUAGAUGAAUGUGAGGAGAACAAGAAACAUUUCAUGAAUAGGUUACAUAUGUUUUAGCAGCAAAGCCCAAAAGCCCAAACCAGGAUCAAAUACAUUUGUAAUUACUCAAAAUACUUUAAUAAGCAGCAAUCAAAUAAUAAAGAUUGAAAAUGAACAACAAAUGAAUUAAAAGGCCUGAAAUGGAUUUCUUUCUUUGCCACUUUGAGGAGAAUAAAGCAGAAACAGAGAAUGGAUGGAGGACAAAUACAAAUAGAUGGGAGUUACAUUAAUUUUGAACAGAAGUCUAUUUUCUUGUAUUCUUUUCCAGUUCUUCUAGAUUACUGACCAGUAUUGUAGCAUUAGGUUUACUUUCCUCCUGCAUUUUUUCACAUUGUAUAAUAUGAGAAAUACCAAUGUUGUGUGGUGAAUAACGUUUCUCUCUCACAGAAUGGUUCCUGAUUGGCAGAAUGCGUAAUAUAACGGAUUACUAAACAGAACUGAAUUAAGUUAAACUUGCCCAUCAUCAUGUCCUUAGACGUUUUACUGUAAAUAAAUCAAUCUUUUCCUCAGAAUGCAUCUAUGUAUAUGACCAUGAAUUACAAUAAAACAUCUGCAAAUUGU